GAUGGCGGCGGACUGAGGCUGCAGCUCCGCAGCUGAGCGCUGAGGGAUUUAAUCAAUCUUCACCGCAUCACUCACCGGGAAUGAGCGCUGUUCUCCCGGUGUUCUCCGGGCAACACUGCGGCACCUCCGGCUAAAAUGCUGGCCCCUUCCUCCCGGAACAUCAGAACCUGCUGCUACGGAGCUCGGCCCACCGGGCAGGGGCACUCGUCGCGGGAUCUUACGCCCGAGGCCGAGGCUCUGUUGACUGACUGAGCGGACAUGGAGGAGACUGGAGGAGGGUCGCUUUGCUUCGAUUUAAACGACGAGGCCGGAGGAGUGAGAGCGGGGCUCGGGGCUCUGACAGACCGCAGUAUCGCACUGCUAGCCGGUGUCAGUGGGGGUCAGGGAGCCGGGAAGGGCCAUUUUUAUGUGACCGGUAACGGAAGGAAUGUAAACACGGACGCGUCGGUACAUCCGCCCCCGGUACAGAGGGAGUUGAUGUUGGUGGAGAGGAGCCUAACAGACCGCCUGACCGACAGGUGUGUGGUGUCGGGGGAUGUCGGUGACCACCGCGGCCUGAACGGAUUCACUGAGUCACUGUGUCAGGAGGAGCCGGCCAUGGUGGCCCUGGAGGAGGGAGGAGCAGCGGGCAGCCGCGGCCUCGCAGGGGCCGAAGCCGCUUUCUUUCCGGCUGUGCUCGGGACUCGGGUUCCAGUGGAGACGGGUCCGCAGAUGCUGCAGCAAUCUGCGGGGGAGAGCACGGGGGAAAUCCCGGAUGUAACCGUGGGAGGAGAGGAGCCGAUGGGCGGUGGUGCGGUUAUCGGGGGUGUGAGGACUUGUCUCCCCCUCGAGCGGCUGCCAAGCCCGGGGAAGAAGCAGGGGAAUUGCGCAUUGGACAUGUCCAACGGGGUAGUGGACAGUGAGGAACCCGAGGUGGACACCGCUUGUAACCCGACAGCAGUGUUUUCCAGACCCGCUGUGUGCGACGUGGACUGCGGGGAAGUGAAAUUAGCCAACGGUGGUUUACACAUCGUGAACAGCUCCAGAGCAACAUGUGACUCUUCAGACUCAGACAGCGACAUUCAUGUGGACCCGAGGGCAGGGCGAGAGGACUACAUCGGGGAAGAGGUCACUCAGUGCCCCGGGGAGGAUGCGCCUGCUUCCGCUGAGCCCCCUCCCUCCCCCGAGCUCUCCCCCACCCCAGAUUCAAGUGCCAAACUCCCCUCACCCAGCCCGUCGUCCCCCAGCAAACCGAACGGUGACAGCCCGCUCUCAGAGCCCGAGUCCGAGGAGGACGAGGCGGGUUUCGGUGACCUGAGUUUACCCGUCAGGCCGCAGAGCCUGAGGACUAACCCCGGUAUCCCGGUGUCCCUGAGCUGCGACGCCACCCCGUUGUCCCCGCGCGAGGAUGGGGGCUUUUAUUUUGGAGACGACGGGUACAUGGUGGAGUGUCGGGGCGCGUUGGAGGCGGCGGGUCGGAGACAGAGCGCCCCGGACAAACUCCCGGACCUGACCGACCACACGGACUGCUCAGACGGCAAACUGAUGCCAAAGAGGUUCGGCAUCGCUGACUUCUUCACCAGGAGCCUAUUUUCUAGGAAAUCCAAAGAGCCAAAGGCACCGACCCAUAAUGCAGCAGGAUGGCGACUGUUCGGCAAGACAGGAGCCAGAGGGGCGGAUCCAACUCAAGACCCAGCCUCCACAGUGUCCAAUCAGCAGUGUCCACAUGAGGAGGAGGAGGAGGAGGAGGAGGAGGAAGAGGAGGAGUUGAAGGACUCAGAUGUGUCCCCGAGUCGGGAGCGCCCCCCAGCUGCAGGGAGGAGGAAGAACCUGGAGUUUGAGCCUCUCUCCACCACAGCUCUCAUCCUGGAGGAUCGACCAGCGAACCUUCCGGCCAAAUCUGAAGAGGAAACUCAGCGACACAAACUGGAAUAUGAGGAGAUGGUUUUAGGAGCCAAGAGGAGAGAGUUGAAAGAAGCGCAGAGGAAGAAGCGUCAGAUGAAGGAGAGACACCGGCAGGAGGACAGCAUCUCCAACGCCAUGGUCAUCUGGAACACUGAGAUCCUGCCUCACUGGGACACCAUGAAGGGGACGAGGCGGGUGAGGGACCUGUGGUGGCAGGGACUUCCUCCCAGCGUCAGAGGUCGAGUUUGGAGUCUCGCCAUCGGCAACGAGCUCAACAUCACGGCAGAGCUGUACGAGAUCUUUCUGUCCAGAGCCAAAGAGAAGUGGAGGAGCUACAGCGAGACCAGCUCAGUGAACGACAACGAGAGCGAUGGAGGAGCGUCUCUGGCCGACAGAGAGUCCAGUCUGGACCUCAUCAAAUUGGACAUUUCCAGAACCUUCCCCUCUCUUUUCAUCUUCCAGAAGGGCGGUCCGUACCACGACCUCCUCCACAGUGUUCUCGGAGCUUACACCUGUUACAGGCCAGACAUCGGCUACGUUCAGGGGAUGUCGUUCAUCGCUGCUGUUCUGAUCCUCAACCUGGAGGAGGCCGAGGCUUUCAUCACCUUCGCCAACCUGCUCAAUAAACCCUGUCAGAUGGCGUUCUUCAGAGUCGACCACGAGCUGAUGUUGAAAUACUUUGCAGCCUUUGAGGUUUUCUUUGAGGAGAAUCUUCCUCGUCUCUUCAGCCACUUCCAGUUGAACAGCCUGACCCCUGACCUCUAUCUCAUCGACUGGAUCUUCACGCUGUACAGUAAGUCCCUCCCGCUGGACGUGGCGUGUCGAGUGUGGGACGUCUUCUGUCGGGACGGGGAGGAGAGCCUGUUCCGGACGGGGCUGGGUAUCCUGCGUCUGUUCGAGGAAGUCCUGCUGCAGAUGGACUUCAUCCACAUCGCCCAGUUCCUCACGCGCCUGCCAGACGACCUGCAGUCGCACACGCUCUUCGUGGCCAUGGCCAACACGCACAUGAUGAGCAGGAACCGCCGCUGGGCUCAGGUGUUUUCUGCUUUGACGAAGGACGGAAUCAGAGAGUCGGAUAAAAACACCAGCCCGGCGCUGAGAAGUUAACUGCUGCUGCCGAGCGCUGCUGUGGAGGAGGAAGGAGCUGGCGUCAGGCGGCCGGGGACUUCAGAGGUGAAUGUGAGCUCGUCCUGUCGGCACUGAGGAGAACACCUGAGGCUGCGUGGCUUCAAGCUAAACUCUUCACUCCCACGCUCCAAGCAUCAAGAGGCUGAGGUCAGAGGAACCGUCAGCUUGAGCCUCCAGGUCCC